CAAGAAGAAAUCAACCGGUUUACUCAAGCUCGUUAAAAAGAUAUUGGAUAUUGGAACAACCAUCUGAAACAUCUCAACGUUAGAAGAUAUAUUAACGCGCGUGAUAUCUAUUGUACGCUACUAUGGAAGCCGGUGAUCACCAUAAUCAUACUGAAGUGACUAGAGAAGAGCUUUUUAGGCCGCAUGAACCCAGUAUCUUCAAUAGAUUUGCGAAAAAAGUAUGUCUACUCUUUGAAGUACCCGUCGUUUUGUUUCACGAUCAAGUGGUUGAAAAAGUCCGGAAACCUUACCCUUAUUAUCACAAACGUUAUCAGCGUGUUCCAACCAUAGAUCAGUGCCGCAUUGACGAUUUGGCUUGCGUGGCGGAAGCCAACAGACAAUUCAAUCGGGAUCGACUAGUUGAUUUAAACAUUGUUCAAAUUCUUCGAAAUCGUAAAGCCGAAUGCCAAAGAUGGUAUAAUUAUGAAAGAGAAGAUAUCGAGCGCUUCUGCGGUACCUUUAUUUCUGAAUAUGAAGAGGCAGCUGUUAACUAUUACAUAAAGUAUGGAGAAUUACAUUGGUCAGGAAAUGUUAUCAAUGCAUUUAUGAAGCAGAAACAUCGUAUGCUAUGGGAAAAACGUAAUGGUCCAAUUGGUGGUAACAAAAAGAAAAAAAUAUUUGAAGCAGCUGAAAAAGAGACUGAAGAGAAAGAUACGCUCACUAAAAUAUAUGAACUUGGUUAUCGUCAUAAAGUACCCAAAGAAAUCCGUAUUUGAUACAUUCUGUCUCUGUCAAGAACCUAGUUCUCCUCAGUAUAUAUCAGGUGUUGAAUUUGUUUAGUGAUCUUUUAGUUCACAAUUCAAGUUUCUUCUUGUAAAUCAUUUGUUAAUAUAGUUGAUUUUUAGUAGAUCAAAAAACUGAUGUUUACAUUGUUGAUACUUUUGUUGAAGACCUUGUCGUUUUACUGUUGAACAUAGUUGAGUUCAAUGAGUUCAUAUGCACCAAUUACAGAGUGCUUUUCACCGUUCUUAUAGGAAAGUUAUUAGGAACAAUGAUUAAAAUUGAAAUGAUAAUAAACACAUAUAUUAAAACUAGAGUUGUAUUUUUCUAAUAAAAUAACUGAAAUCUGGAAGAUAGAUCAUGGUAUUGAGUGAUGCAAAUUUGUGUGUCUGUUACCAAGUAUACAAACCUUUUUUCUCCCAUUGUACUCGUUUACACGUGUGUUCACCGUUGAAUUUUUCAGUGUCUGUGUUUAUAUUGUUUGUAUUUUGUUUAUUUUUGAAAAUAUUGUUAUUAACUCGCUAUAUAAAAACGUUAUGAUAAUAGGUGGUUGGAAGCAA